UGUUCCGCUUCCUCAACAAGAAACAGUUCAUGUGAAAGAGCUGUGAGAGAAAAUAAGAUUGGAGAGGAACACACGGCCUGGAUGACAGAACAGAUUGAAAUGAGCAGGUACACUGAGGAUGGGGCUGUUCAGUGUAGAAGACUUUCUGAGCUGGAUUGUUGCUGAUUGAAGUGCAAAGCACGGAGGUGGCUUUACGCUUCGAUUAGAAUGCUGCAUGAAUAUGACAGUCUGUCAGGAGACAAAGCCGCCACAUGCCACUGGGAACAUCAAGGGUAAUUAGAGACCUGGCACUGGUACAUCACGACAGCAGCAGUGUUACCAUGGAGACUGGCAAGCCAGGAUUGGCGAGUGCUCCAGUGCACAUCAGCUCCGUCGCAGCGCAGACAGAGAAAAGGAUGGACAUCCAGGCCCCGCUGACGGCUGUUUACAUCCACACAGUGCCUGCUCUACCCGCACAGCCUUACCCCCAGCCUCCUGCAGCCGCUCGUGAGCCAGCCACACUCCAUCUGGCCAUGCCGCCGCUCUACUCCAAGGAGACGCUUCCCUUUCUGACACUCCAUAUUGCCGGUGGACUGCAGUCUCAGCCGGGAUUGAGUCUGGCAGCUGCUGCUCCUGCAGCCAGACCCAAGUCGGCGGGAAAGCAUGUGUGUCCUCACUGUGGACGGGACUGUAUGAAGCCCAGUGUGCUGGAGAAGCAUCUCCGCUGCCACACAGGGGAGCGACCUUACCCCUGCAUCACUUGUGGAGUUUCUUUUAAGACUCAGAGCAACCUCUACAAACAUAAGCGCACUCAGGCUCAUGCACGCCAAUCUUCUGAAUCAGACCAGAGCAGCCUGAGCCUAGACAGCAUGUCCAGCUCCAGAGAGACUUGUACCUCUAGUUUGUCUCUGGAUGAGCGCAGUCAGGAGUCCGGCAGCACGGAAAAGGAAGCCAUACUACCUGCUGCUGAGAUAACCACUGCAGCCAGUACUGCAAAGGUCUACUCUGUAAACACAGAAGGUUCUGUCGGUGAACAGAAUAACUUGACACUUGCAGGUCAGAAGACAGAGGCAAACGAAAGUGCAAUGGUAUCAAUAGAGGGAGAAAAACAGAGCCUUGAAAAAGAAAAAUCUCUGUUGUCUGCCGGUCGACAUCUUCCUCUUCAGAGACAAGAGGCCACUCUGUUUUCCAAGCAGUGGGAGAGCUCUGUAUCCAGAGGGAAAUCCCAGAGCCACGAGAGCACAGACUCAGGCUUCAGUGAGAGCAGUGACAGCGUUUUACCCGACCACAGUAUGGAUUCCCUCACCGAAUCCACUAAGGAGCAUCUUGAAGAAACCACCAGCACACAAACACCUUCAGAACCAAGCCAAGGUGGACAACCCAAAGAAACUGCAAGGGAGCAGGAGCAGAAGACACUGGAGGAGCGCAUAUCAAAGCUGAUUUCAGAGAAUACAGCUGUUGUUGAGGACAAACAGCUGGAGAAUGUAAGGCCACGAAAGACAGUUCUGUCAAAGCAGGGUAGUAUUGACCUCCCCAUGCCGUAUACGUACAAGGACUCCUUUCACUUUGACAUGAAGAUCAGUAAGACGCCGAAUGUUGGGUUACAGAGAAACAAGAAACCUGGCCUCUACAACUCUGUGCCCACUCAGCGAUCCAACACCAUGGAGCACGCCCCCCUGACCCGCAGCAACUCCCUCCCUUUCAGUGUUACCCUCCUGCAGCCCGAGAGGAGCAGCCCGACAUCCUCCUAUCAGAGUGAUUAUGUAACACUUGUUCGGAGGGGGAGCUCGGGCCAGAUCAAUCCAACAGGUUUUGCAAUCAAGCCUGUGAACCAGCAUUCAUCCACCCACCGCCCACUGGUCCGGCAGACAGCCGUAGACUGCAACCACGCAACAGACGGUCUCUUCGUCAAUUCAUCUGUGGAGGAGGCAUGCGCCGGCAAUCUCAGCUGCGAUGGGGACGGUGGUGACAUUUGUGGAGAGCCAAGCAACAGAAAGUUCCGGAGGAAGAAAGCACAGAAGUUUGCCUACAACAAGUGGUACAUGUACGGGGGAGGGACUUUUAAGAAGCUCUACAAUGCGGAGAAAGGUGGUGAUGGCAGCGUUAUCAAAGGCAGGAAAUGUUCAACAAACCCAGAGCACGAGGUUGCGCAGGGCCUGCAGAAAAAGCUGCCAGCAGUUCAUAAAGAAACAGUAGCAACAACAGGCUCGACAAUAAACUUCACAACCUGCGGUACAACAGUGUGUCAUCCAGGCUGCCCUACUGCCAAAGUAUCACUUGUCUCUGCUGUGGAUUUUAAUCUAAAAACUAGCCAGCUUCAAACAUCAUGCAGCUCUCUUAAGACUCCACUUCAGAGAAACCUGUCUUUGUCAAUACUGCCACUAUCUUCAAUCGGAUCAUUGGUUAGCCACCAAACAGUCAGCAUGAGCAGAGCAGAGGGAGGGAGAGUGACUGAUGAAGAAAAACAUACUGACUCCACCUCGCAGCUCUGUGGAGCCCAGAUUCCCUCCGACAGAAAAAAACAGAAAACUGAUUUUAAAAUAAUUUGCCCUCUAGAGAUGGAUACCGACCCAAACACAGUGACUCAUCCCCUCCCCUCUGUCACUGGCAGUGUGCCUCAGCAGGAUACAAAUCUCAGUUAUAUCAAUCUCCAAAACAAUCCAAAACACACUCAGCUCAAAGGGGCUGUCUUUCCAACAUGCAUAAUCAAUGCAAAUACACCGUCUGUUAACACCUCGUCGGCCACUUCCACACCCUCCACUGCCAAGGCCAGCUUCCUGCCCAAGUACCAGCUCAAGUUACCUAAUGCUGCCGAACCUGAUUCCAAUCCUUCACCACAUGUUGUGGAUAAACCAACAGGAACUUAUGGCUGCACUCUCACCUCCUCUUUGUCAUCUUCUUACCCUGAGCAAACCUCACCCUCGGUCAAAACUUCUGAGAAGAAAUGUGGUGAUGCUGUCACCUCACCGUUGGUACAGACUUGUGAUGUCAAAAAGACAAACACUUUCACACAACACCAACUCUUGCCUUGCACGUCCACAACCCUUUGUCAAGCUGACACAUCAAGACUCAUUUCAAAUGCAACAUCUAGCUUAGCUGUAGUGCACAAGCAAUUUGCAGCAACCACAAUAACCACAACCUGCCUUCAAAAUUACCAGACAGGAUUAUGCAGCACUUCAAUACAGCCCUCGAAAUCUGCAGGACCCUCAGCGCCAGUGCAGUUACCCAGACCUGUUGCACCUGUGGUUGCGAACUUCCCUGCUACACCUACCAUAACCGCAGCAGCCAAUCAGUUAUCUGCUGCUGCCAUUACAGCUUUCUCACAAGGUCAACCUAACCCUAACCCCCCUAUGUCACACACACAACUCUCACCAGCGUCACACCAGCUGAGCCCUGUAAACAGUGCAUACGCUGGCACAAAGGCAUCAGUUGUACCUUGUCAUAUGGUACCGUUUGACCAGAUGCAGCCAGACGCUCAGAACGUCUUUCAUGUUCACACAGCAGACCUCCAGAUCUGUCUCCAGAUCAUCUCUGAUGAGCAGCUGGCUCUCAUUGAACCCCAAAUUGAGAGGCAAGCAGGUGGCGCCCUCUCACAGAGGCGUGAUGUGGAAGCCCCGGAAGUGAUCCAGAAUAAAGCUCAAGGCUCUGUCACCAUGGAAAGCAGCAAUGAGGGACAUCAGCAAGGACAUCAAAGAGAGUCUUUACCCACACUUAACAUGGGAAUAAAACCUCCACUGUCUGUACAAUUUGGGAAGACAGAGACAAAUCUCCAACUGACUGAACACAGUAAUUACACUCAGGCUACAGUAUCAGCUGAAUCUACGUCUCCUGAAACGCUAGGCUCGCCGCUACGCCUACACACAUACAGUCAUGUAAACAUGGUCACUGUGACUCAGAGCUCUACAGGCAAUGUUAUGUCAACUGCUACUUCACUUAAAGGUGUAAAGUCAGGAAGAAGCCAAACUUCAGAGGAGAAGCGUGACCUUUCUCUAAAUCGUUGUGCAGAGGAGCAACUUUUGCCAGAAACAAGGGUCAGCCAAGGUGGAUUGAUCUCCCAAACAUUCUCUGGCCAACAGAAACGCAGCAUGACCUCUCUCUCUCCCAGCACAGUGAAUCAGAAUAGCACAAGAGGUGAAAGACUGGGCAAAGAAAGCCAACACAAACUUAAAAAUCAAGUAGCUUUGUGUAAUCUAGGCACAAUGAAAGCAAUGAGUGAAGCCCCUGCACACACAGGAAGCAGAUUAGAAAGUGGAGAAACCCACCCUCCUCCACAGGUUGGGCUUGUUCAGGCCUCUGGUGCUGCUGGUGAACUCUCUGGAUCAGUUUCUUCAUUUUCCAUUGAUAAAUGCAAAGCUUCAAGACAACUGAACACACAAGCAUCCAUCUACUGCAGUAAUCUAGUGGAAUCUACAUUAUCAGAGUCUCUGAAUUCAUUUAAAGAUACAAACACAGGAUGUGACAGAGUGGGAUCUCAUGUCCAUGCCCCUUCACACGAAAUGACCCUGAGUAAAUCACAAGAUGUAAUCAGCUCAAGCCACUCAGCCACUUCAGUGUCUCCUAAUUUCGUAGAAAGACCCAAAGACAUCCCGGCUGCACUUACAAGUAUUCAGAGCCCUACUGCAGGACUUACGGAGGGAGCCUCACUGGCGGUCCAGAAGGAGCCGCAGACAUUGGGACAUGGAGAGACCCCUGGGCAGCCAGACAACACAGACUGGAGGCCAAAACAAAGCCAAGAGGAUGGAAAGACAAAGCUCCAGUGCAUGGAAGGGCGAGGUGGUGGAGGAGUGGUGGGAGAGGAUAAGAAAGGAGGAAUCAAGACAGACGAGGUGCCAGGACAGUGGGGACAGGACAGCGUAUCAGAUAUGACAAAGACGGAGGGAGAAGACAGAAAGGUUAAGGUGGAUGCCUUUAAAAACUCUUGGCUAUCUGAGCAGCAUCUUCAGCAUCUCUCCCAGACACACUCAGGAAUGUCUGAAUACCCUCCACAGAGCCCUCAGCAAGCUCCAAGCAAGUCAAAUUACCUUAAUUCAUCUUCUGCCGGCAGCAGUCAGAUGAGCCUUUCCAAUUCUCCACAGCCUCCAUUGGAAAUGAACAACUUCUAUUACUCACAACAACACUGGGAAGGCAGCACCAUUCAUAACCAACAAACACGGAUGUUAUGUGAAUCAGACUCAAGUCAGCGGAUCAAAGCACAGGCCCAAUUAACAGAAACACAAAAUGCUUUUUCAUCAAUUCAGUCACGUCCUCAGCAAACAUUUUCACACCAGGACCAGAGGCAGAGCAGCAUCACUCUGUCUGUUCAGCAGGUAAAUACUGCAGCAGGUAACAACAUCACAGCAGUGAGCUCCUGUGCUAGGUCAACAUCAAGCAGUCUCAAGAGCUCAGGUGUCUCACCUGAUGUAAACACAUCACCCUCUGCUCAACCCAGCCAACUCUCCUCUUCUGUUCAAGUCAGUAGAGCUGCAGCUGGACUGUCAGGGUCAGCCAAUGUGCUGGACAAUAAUACUGUGCUGCCAUCAGAGCCUUUUAAAUACCAAGAACCCCAUGAUUAUCAAGACACCAAGGAUCAAGCAGCAAAUGACUACAACAAAUACCAGUCUUUUUUCAUGUCUGGCCAGCUUCACGGCUAUCAGCCACCCGAGUGUCUGAGCAGUGGAGUAAGGCCCGUGCAAAGCUGCCAGGACUACACAGAAGACACCAGCAGCAGUGACGAUGAAGGAAAGCUUAUCAUUGAGCUUUAGGUGAACACGCACAUAUGCUAUUUGGAGUUUUAUCUACUGCAGAUGUAUAUUUUUCAGAGGCAGAAUUGAUCUGGAGGCAGAAAUAAUAUUAAUGGCUGAGUUAAAUUAGUGGGCAGAGCUGAAGAACCAUUUUUUUUCUUUAUAAAUAUUGGGCCUGUAUAAAAAAGUUAAUGGGCAACUUUGUAAGAAUGUUGAGGGUUGAGUCCAAAUCAUGUCCUGUUGUAACAAGUCUAAUUACAAGCAGCCAAGUAGGAAAAAUGUGAGCACAUCCAUGUUCCCAGGUUCCUGUGCUCAGUAUCAUCAAGGAGACCUUUCAAAGGGCUUUAUGUUGUCAGCAAUGUUUGACCCUAGGUCAGAUGUUCUAUGUACGUUUCCACAGGGUCACCCACCCACUGCUUAUAGCCUACUGAUGUUAUACUCCUUAAAACCUACACGCUCACAUUUGUGGGCAAGACAGUUUUCUUAGCCCUUUUAACACUACCUGAUCGAGGUGGGAAUAUCAUGGCGUUAUUCUGCCUCAUCGUUCUGUAUCAAAGGUACAAUUGUGGCAUUGGGGGACAGAGCUGCUGCCUUUAAGCCAGCAGCAAAGGUAGUAACAUCGCCGAAUCGACAUCUGUGUGAGGGAUAGCCAACAUAUUGACGAAAUGUUAGGUGUGCAACCCACCGCCGGGAGACUUAAAAGCAGGUAACAGCAGUUAGCAGCUAACUCAAAGAAGAAGAACAGCAAACGAAAAUGUCUGCAAAGUGGGAUAUCAAUGAGGUGUGGGACCUACUUACCCUCCGAGCAGAGGACGAGAUCAACCACCAUAUAACAGGGAUGGUAAAUGAUUGUUAUUGCCGUGCAAUGCCCUUUUAAUUUCUCAUAUAAAAUGUGUAUGUUAUAGGUCACACUCCGUCACACCCUUUUCACCUCCGCAAUGCCGGCAUGUGAUUUAAAAUCACACACAGUAUUGUUGGGUUAUUUUCAAAAAAGAAAAGCUGGCAUAAUUAAAGUUCUUCGUUGCGGCCCUGUCCCGAGAUCUCUGACAUUGAUACCUCUACAGUGUUUGUCAGGACAUUCAUCUACGAUAUCUCCCACAUGGAAAAAAGAACCACAGAAUUAGUCACAAAACAGCUGCAAAGUAACCACUGCAGGCAGCUACAACAACUUUAAACACAGUUUCAAGACUAAUGUAGAGGAUUAUGGCUUUACUUGUUAAAUACAAACAUCUAACAUGAUAAAAUGGGCUAGGGCUUAGCUGGGACUACAAAUCUAGCAGUAGGGGUUACCAUCUGGGAUUAAUGUUAGAAUAGGCUAACUGGAGGAUUUCCCGUCAGUCCCAUUGUGCUGGCAUGCCAUUAAUGCAACAUGCAUGUGUUGGCUUGUCCGCACUGCCCACAACAAGUAUUUAGGCUUGUUAGGAACUUUGAAUAUGAUUAUUAAACAAAAGAAUGGCAAUGACAUGUUUUUGUUUAGCCAGCCAUCUUUGUUAAUUAGGUAUUGGGGCCCAUUUCACAAACAUUUCUGUCCUUGCCUGUUCACUUACGAUAAAAUAAAUACCUGAAAUUAACAGUCACCAUUUAAGAAUCACUUGCAAUUACUGGAAAACAGCAUGACAUUGUUUUUGUUAGCAGCCAGUGUGCUUUAAUAGCCUCACAACACUAGUUCCCUCAUGCUUUCUGUUUGACUUCAUGAGUGCUGACAGAAAGAUUGUGGCUGCCUCUGCUAUUUAAUCCAACCAAUGAGAUUACUUCUGCCUCUAAGAGAUGUUGUACUACUUCCGAUGUACUCACACAUGCUUACACACACACAUCAUCAUUUGCCCUAAUUUGUGUCUACCUUCCCACACUCACUCUCUCUCUCUCUCAUAAGCUGCACUCUGUAUUAUUUUGUAACCUUCCCAGACAACACCUCACCUGUGUGUGUGAAUCAUGUACACAUGUUGCCAAAUACCCAUUAAGUCGAUCUCUGCUGCCAAUCAGGUAACCCAGGUGAAGAAGGCACUGGCUGGAGGGCCAUGACCCUUUUCCCAGUCUGGGUUUUGUAAUGAGUCAGCAGCUAUGAUAAGACACCAGCACUCACGAGAACAGGAAGUGGGUGUAUGUGAACAUUUCUGUACAUAAUUCCACGGCUAUAGCUCACGCUGACUUGCUUGUCAGUCCUCAGCCAAUUAGUGCACAUAAAACUUUUUGGACUUGGCAGGUGUAUGUGUGCAGGAGGAGUGCUGAAUGAGUGCAUCUGUUCAGGCCUGUUUGUUUUGACUUGUUAGAUAAGUUUAUAAUGCUGUUACACAUAAAAGGAAAGGCAAGCACACAAUCAUGUGUAACUGUUUAUCUGGUCAGGUUCCAAGCUGAUUUGUUAUUGUGUUACAGAUAUUUGUUUGGUUUUCAUUUUCUAGUUUUAUAUUCUUGUUACAGAUCGCACAAGUAAGCAUCACUGACAAAACAAAUGGUUUCAUUUUAAAAUUAUUGAACAUCAUUUUGUGUUUUUAACCAUUUUAACAAUGGGAGAGAUAAAUUAAAAACUCAAAACCAUUUUUUCCUGGUCUGAUUGUGUGGGUCUAUUUUUAAGUUAAACCUCUGGUUUAGGGUCUAAAGUGGCUUAUAGAUGCUGCCAUAGGCCUGAAGUAGAUCAGGGUUAUCUUAUGAAGUUGUUUAUGUGUUAGCAAACAGUUGCUUAUCCAACAGUUUCUUGUGUCUGGUCAUCUGAUCAACAUCCAACAGAGUUGUGGCUGCUGGUCAAGAAGGGAUUUCCCCCGUAUUGUAUUCCCAUGAGCGUUGUUGUCAGUGUUAAUCAAAGGAACAGUUCACCCCCAAAUCAAAAAUACAUAUUAUUUCUCUUACCUGUAGUGCUGUUUAUCAAUCUAGAUUGUUUUGGUGUGAGUUGUUAAGUGGAGGUAGGCCUAUUGACUGUAGAGAUGUCUGCCUUC